UUGUGGAAUCUACACUUAUUCUCCUACGGAGCAUUCAGUAACGUCUACCGUGGUUUCGUUGCGGGCGACACUAACGCACCUAAAGAAGUCGUCAUCAAAAAGACAUGGUCCGGAACUCAGAGAGCAUCUUCACUAACUUCUUAUGAAAUUCAAAUUCUAAAACUGCUGAGUCGCCUCAAUCAUAAAAACAUCGUGCGGUUACUUUACACAUUUCAGACCUGUUUUUCGCUCAUAUUCGAGUUCUUUCCACUUAAUCUUUACCAGUACUUGAAGAAGCAUCAACGAAAAAUCGCACUCGUUGAGAUUAAAAUGUUUGCAUGGCAGCUAUUCCGAGGACAGUAUCAUCUACUGCGAGUAAGUAUCUGUCAUCGUGACAUAAAGCCACAAAACCUGCUUGUCGACGAUGAAUCCGGUUUACUGAAGAUCGGCGAUUUUGGCUCUUCGGUCUUCGAGCCCAAAAAGAGCCCACAAUCCAGCUACCACGUUACAAGAUACUAUAGGCCACCGGAGCUGCUACUAGGCGCUAAAAUAUACGGCUGUGAAGUUGAUAUCUGGUCGUGCGCAUGCGUAUUUGGAGAAAUGCUUCGUGGAGCCGUGCUAUUUCCGGGAAAGAGCACCUUGAAUCAGAUUGAACUUUAUAUCGACUGCUUCGGCUUACCAACUGACCAGGAUGCCUUCGACAUGAAUAUUCCGAACAACAAAUGGAAAGAGAUACAAUCGGUAGGCAUUUCGACAAAGAGCGACGAAAUGUCCAUCUACAGUUGCAAUAUUGACGACGCACACUGGGCAGUGCAGAUCCUUCAGGAAAUGUUUGUCUACACGCCGCAUCGACGAUUGCAUGGCCAACCGCUGCUGUGUAAUCCAUUCUUCGAUGAGAUCUUCGACAAAAAUACACUGCGACCAUGUGGCAGACCAAUCACUUGUCUCAGUCGUGCAGUGCGUACUCCGAUUUUUAUAGCUAUUUUACUAUUAUCUAUCUAUUUAAAUAAACAAAUAGAUGUGCUUCCAUGCGUGAAUCAAAGACGCGGACUCAAAUGUUAA